CUUGAGGAACACAUAGACGUGUGUUUUUUAUUCUGAUGUGCCAUGCGAUGAGAUUUAGAUGCGCAUAAUAUAAGGUGCCUUCCAUUACCCAUUUAAACCAAUUGCCAUCAAACAAAGUUGAAGCUUUUCUCUCCGACACCGUCAUCUCUGUCCAUCCUUACCGAUUCAGUUCUGACACGUACAAAUCAAUGGCCAAGACCGAGUUGGAGGUAACGGUUGACAGGAAGAAUAAAGACCUAAAGCACCUGGGGUUUGUGAGGAUUGCUGCUAUUCAAACCUUUGUGUUUGUGUCAAAUCUGUAUGAGUACGCAAAGCAAAAUUCUGGGCCUUUGAGAUCUCCUGUUGGAACGGUGGAAAAUACUGUAACCACCGUUCUUGGUCCAGUAUGCAACAAGUUCAAGGGCUUCCCUGAUGAUGUCCUGGUUUUCGUUGACAAAAAGGUGGAUGAAGCUACACAGAAGUUCGAUGAGCAUGCUCCUCCCGUUGCUAAGCACCUCGCGAAUCUUGCAAAAAGUUUGAUUCAGAAAGUGGCAAACGAGGCAGGGAAAGUUGCUGGUGAAGCUCAAUCUGGGGGGCCAAGAGCAGCUGUGCAUUAUGUGGCUACAGAGUCAAAGCAUUUUGUGUUGAUAAAUUCAGUUAAGUUGUGGAAUGGACUCGACCAUUAUCCACCAUUCCAUGCAUUGGCAGAGAUGGCAGUUCCCACUGCUGCUCACUGGUCAGAGAAGUACAACCAUGUGAUCAAGGCCAUGACUCAAAAGGGUUACUGUUUUAUUGGGUAUCUACCGUUGAUUCCCAUUGAUGAGAUUGCGAAGGCAUUUAAACAGUGUCAGGGGAACUUGAAAGGAGAUGAUGCAGCCUAUGUUGAAAAGAGCUCAGAAUCAUCAUCUGAUUCUGAUUAAAUUGAGCUUUACGUCUUGAAAACAUUUGCUUCUGAGUGACCUUGUUUCUGUGGGUUGAAACAUUCUAGGCCAUGUGGUGGUAGUGACUAGUGACUAGCACUAUUGAAGUUGGUAAGACUUGGUAAGACUGUAUAACUAAUCCAUGUAGAAGAUAGGGUUUAUGUAAAUGGUCUAAAUAAUGCUCAUAAAGUGUGUUUCCUCCUUUAUGCAGAUAAAAUGUCAUUGCUCCUCA